AUGGCCCUCGUUACCCUUCUUGCGUCGCCAUUGACUAUCGCCAUCGCCUUCCCCGUGUGGCUUGCCUUUUACUACAUCAUCCCAUAUUUCACAUCGUAUCGGUAUCUCUCUUAUGUCCCAGGACCGUUCAUAGCCAAAAUUAGCAACAUCUGGGUUGGUCUCAGCGCUCGAAGAGGCCGAAAGUUCGCUGCUGUAGAUUCAGCUCAUCGCAAGUAUGGCAAGGUCACCCGCAUAGGAUUCAACCAUGUAUCUAUUGCAGAUGAACGGGCUUUGAAUGUUGUGUAUGGCCAUGGAAAUGGGUUUCUGAAGGACCAUUACUAUGAAGCAUUCAUAGCCAAGACUCCUGGGAUGUUCAACGUGCGCGACCGAGCAGAGCAUACACGAAAGCGCAAGAUUAUAUCGCAUGCCUUUUCACCACGAUCGGUCGCCGAAUUUGAACCGCAUAUGGCAGCAAACUUGGAACGUUGGGUGAAACAACUCGAUCGGAUCGCCGCCUCUCGGUCAUCUGACGGCUUCGGUCAAUAUAAUGCCAUGCCGUGGUUCAGUUACCUUGCAUUUGACAUAAUCGGCGAUUUGGCAUUCGGAUCCCCUUUCGGCAUGGUUGAUAAGGGAAAGGACGAGACGGAGUCACAGCUUGUCGUUGGGGGACCUAUUACGUAUACCCCAGCGGUGGACGUGCUCAACCGUCGAGGCGAAAUCUCGUCAACAUUAGGUCUUUUACCAAACUUACGUCCCGUUGCACGAUAUUUACCCGACCCAUUCUUCACGAAGGGUGUCGCGGCCGUCGAGAAUCUGACCGGCAUUGCGGUCGCAGCGGUAGCAUCCCGCUUAGACGCCGCCAAAAAUGGCGUCGCAGACAACCGCAACGAUAUCCUGUCCCGUUUAUUGCAAGCUAAAGAUGCUAAUGGCCAACCGAUGGGGCGAACUGAACUCACAGCAGAGGCUCUCACUCAACUUAUCGCCGGAUCUGACACGAUUUCCAACACAGCCUGUGCAGUCUUCUACUGGAUUCUUCAUGGAGAAAGGAGCGCACCGAAUUCUAUUCUUCCAAGGUUACGCCAAGAACUGGAUGCCUCAAUUGGGUCUGACGAAAGAAUUGCCAGCUACUCUCAAGUCAAGGACUUGCCGUUCCUACGGCGCUGCAUAGACGAGGGCAUGCGGCUCCAUUCUACUUCUGCAAUUGGGCUUCCACGAAUCGUUGCCGAUGGCCCUGGUGUAGAGUUUGAUGGUUUCUAUUUCCCACCGGGCACUGUUUUAUCUGUGCCCUCCUAUACAAUCCACCAUAUGUCAGAGAUAUGGGGAGAUGACGUGGAAGAGUUCAAGCCCGAUCGUUGGCUGAACUUGACUCCGAGACAGAAGCUUUGCUUCAAUCCAUUUUCAUACGGACCGCGUGCCUGUGUUGGACAGAACGUUGCGAUCAUGGAGUUGCAAUUGAUUAUCGGAACUUUGUUCCAUCGGUAUGAUUUUACACUCUAUCAACAGGCGCUAGAAUCGCAUGAAGGGUUCUCGAAGAAGCCGAAAGAAUGUUACGCGGGCAUUAAGUUGAGAAGCUAG